CUCUCACUCGUCAUUCUACGGAGAAGCAUGGCAGGAGAACUGUGGAACAGGGUAAACAUUCCCUUCCCUGGUGCUGCUUCCAGUGUCCGUAUACAUUUCAGCUCAACAACAGAUGCAAACAUUAAAACCGUGUUGGUGGAAAACGAGAAGGUCCUUAAGCUAAUCCGCAGUGAAAUUCUUCAAACGGAGAUACGACUUCUCUACGAGCUGCUGUACGUCCUGAAUAACAGCUUCAGAGGAAACAAGACGUUCAAGGGCUUAAAACAGGUUGAACAAUGUAUAAACAGGCUGAAGAGCAUGAAACUGGAUGUGGCUCUUGAGGAGCUGUCCAAUCUCUGUCCCAAGAGGAUUCAAAGAGGACUGAGCAUCAAGGCUGGUGAGUGUGAUGUUCCCAGUCAACCCAUGCUGGAGUGGCUCUGUCUCAAAGUGCUGGGAGCUGCCCAGCUGAUGAGCUGCACAUUGAAUCGUUGCAGCAGAGCUUUCAUACUCUCAAAGAAGCAGAUGAAAUGGGAGGAGUUUGUUAUCUUGAAUAUGGUGAUAACCAGCAUGAUCAGCCGUCUAUGGGUUAUUUUCCGUGGUAUCCUGGUCAGCCUGUCCACUCUGUACCAGCAGCUCCUGAAGUUUCUCAGAGAAGUAGCGCACGCCCAUCCCAUGCCUUUCCUCACAGACUUCUCCCUGCCAGCAGACAUGGCUCAGUUCCUGGGUCCCUCUGAUGCAUUGUUGCUGAUCAAACAACCAAAGCAGGAUUCCCACGCCAAAAUCCACAAGGAAAAGCAGCAGCAGAAGAAAAAGAAAUCUUCCAUUAAAGUCAAGAACCAGGGAUGGACACGGAAGGUUAAAGAAGACCUGGGUGUUGCUGUUGAAAGAGGUAUAGUUCAUGACACUGACAUGAAGCCUUUUCUCGAGGUUUUCAGGAACUUUAAAGAGGGCAAGUCCUUACCACAGAGAACUCACAAGGCUGACAAGAAACAAAAAUUCAAGAAACAAGUGAGAGAAGCUACUACUUUCACAGACAUGGCAGCUCAUCUAGAAGAAAUGAUUCUAUGGUGCAAAUCCCAGAGGAUGGAAAAGGAAAAACGCCUUUUAACCUUCCUGCGUUUGAAGUGCCAUAAGAUGAAAAACCUAGAGGCUGCCGGUUACAGUGUCCAGAGGAAGCUGCAGAGCUUCAGACAAGAAGCCAUCUGGGCCUCAUCUCCUCAAGGGUCAGUGCCCAGAACCUGCCGUUCCUCUUUUGCAGCGAGAAGAAACCCUCGCCUGAGAAUGCGUUUUCAGUCCCUCAGGAGUCGAUUUAAGUCUUUAGCAGCCAAAAAUGGUGUAAAAAGGAAACGCCUGAAGAGAAGAAAGCGGAGGAGUGAGUUAUCCGUGUCUGGACUGUCAGAAGGCGGUCAAAUAAGCGGGACUACAUACGAGGCGACACCUCAGACCACCGCUUGUGACAGCCACGAUGACAUAGAUGAUAUUUUUGCCUCCAUAGGUUUGUGACAGUUUGGAAUCAGCACAUACAAGGAAAGAAAUAACUGUGUGCAGCUGAGUGUAAAUACAGUAUGACACAUUCCUCUGUUUUGAAAAGAAUAAUCGAUGGAAUUGUAUGUGUUAGGAGAACUAAUGAUUGGUUUCCAGAUGAGUCUGGUGCAACUCUGACCACACACAGCAUCACAACAGGGAUAUAAACUGACUUAAAGACCUUAUUCACUAUUUAACAGUGGGGUUUAACAGUUAGGAUUGUCUUGACACCAGAAUAGGGAAUUUGGUACAAUUUGUGUGUUAAAACUUUUAAGCCAUAUUAUUGAUCCUGUCGUGUGUAUUGGAUGUUGCCAGGGAUCAGUGGAACGUGUUAGGCUAUUCAGUUUUGAAUAACCUGGUAUUUAAGCAUUUUAAAAGGAGAAACUUGAGAGAAAACGCCUUCUGUUGGUGAUGGCCAUUUAGGCUGAGGACAGUAAAAAUGCUUUUGUCAUAGGUGACCUCUAGUCAAGUCCAGAAAAGUUAUGUAUGACGUUUCAAUAAAAAAAAGCACAUCUUCCCAGACACUGUAAGUCCCUGUUCACCAUAAUACAAUAUGUCUACAUUUGAAAUGUAUUUACACUGACCAGAACAGUAAUUUAAAUAAUUUAAGAAUGUUUCAAAUGAAGGAGGAUUGGCUAAAUGAUAAAGGUUUAAGUUUAAGAUGAAGUUUGUACUACUCCUUUAGGCUGAAGCUGUAUGUUAAAGGUACCGCAAACUAAAUGAGGCUUUAGCCACUUUCAUACAUUCACUCUUCUGCUGGCUACAGCACACACAAGGUGAAAUGCGUUUAUUAGAGCUGUUAAAUGUUCUGCCCUUUUAAGACAGCACCACAGCAUACCAUUUCUUAUGCACAGGGAAAUAAAAUCCAUUUAAAGAACCAUAAAAUACUGCAAAUGAGCCAAGUUAAAUUUGUAGAGGAGAUAGAUAACUCCAGAUUCCAUGUCUGAGAGGAGCUUUUGCGAUGACGUGAAACCAGUUGAGGAAAUUGAGUAUUUUCUCAAGGCUCUACUGGUAUUUCUGUCUCCACCUAGUGGAGACGAUAAUUAAUGCUCUGAUUAUUUCCAGACUGUUAAUUGUUCUCUUAGAACAUGGAUUGACCCCCUCAACCUUGCAGAGGUGUCGGUCUUCUCCUCUAGAAUUGAAUUUGUGCCUAUAGAGAGUGUGAGUGCUGAUGUGAACAGUGUACACAGUGGCAGUGUGUUAGGAGGCAGUGUGGCCUCAGCUCAAGGCCUUUGAAGUCUGAGAGCUGUGCAGGCAAAAGUUCCACCACAUCGAAAUCAUGCAGGUUUCUGGCACUCUAUAGUGACCGUGACUGCUCAGGAGUGGAAGCUGUGCACCAGAUUGGAAGCUAAA